CGAGGCGUAGCUCGUUCCAAAAAGCAAAAGCUCCUCUCUCUCUCUCUCCCUCUACUCUCUUUUCACCUCAAUCAAACCCUUGUGACUUUUUAAGGUGAACCCGAAGGAAAUCGACACACGACAGAGGAAGGAAGAAUUGAAUCGGAACGCAAAUGUUCGAGACGGUAAAGUACCUGAUCGGAUCCACCGGCGCCAGCGGCUUCGGCUCCAAAUCCACCGGCGAGGAUGUCACGGCCGCGGCCCCUGAGCUCGGCUCCAUCACGGCAAUCAUCACCGGGGCAACGUCGGGGAUCGGGGCGGAGACGGCGCGAGUGCUGGCGAUGCGGGGGGCGAGGCUGGUGCUGCCGGCGAGGAGCCUGAAGGCAGCGGAAGAGACGAGGGCGCGGAUUACGGGGGAGUUCCCCGGGGCGGAGAUCAUCGUGCUACCCCUCGACCUCAGCUCCCUCUCCUCCGUCCGAUGCUUCGUCUUUCGCUUCCUCGCCCUCAACCUCCCCCUCAACCUCCUCAUAAACAACGCCGGGAAAUUCUCCUACGAGCACGCCGUCUCCGAGGACGGCGUCGAGAUGACCUUCGCCACCAACUACUUAGGGCACUUCUUGCUCACCAAGCUGCUACUAAAUAAAAUGGCGGAAACGGCGAGGGAGACGGGGAUCGAAGGUCGCAUCGUCAACGUCUCGUCGAGCAUCCACGGGUGGUUCUUCGGCGACUGCCUCGGUUAUCUCGACCUGAUGACCCGCAAGAAAGCACCUUACGAUGCCACGCGAGCCUACGCACUGUCGAAGCUCGCGAACGUCCUCCAUACGAGAGAGCUGACCCAAAGACUCGAGCAAAUGGACGCCAAUGUGACGGCCAACUGCGUCCAUCCCGGCAUCGUUCGCACUCGACUCACCCGCGACCGGGAAGGCCUCGUCACAGAUCUGGCCUUCUUCCUUGCGUCCAAGCUCCUCAAAACCAUCCCUCAGGCAGCAGCGACGACGUGUUACGCGGCGACGCACCCGCGGUUGGCAGGCGUGUCGGGGAAGUACUUCGCGGACUGCAACGAGGUGUCGCCGUCGUCGUCGGCGUCUAGCCCGCACGAGGCCGCCCGGCUGUGGCACGCCUCGGAGGCCAUGACGGCCCCGAGGCCCGACCGGACCUGGUUCGGGCUCGAACCGCCGCUCUCCUCGGACAAACCGCACGAUGAGAUGUGACGCAACGCAUCGAGAGAGAACCAUAUGCAUAGUUGACCUACAAAAGAACAACAGAGAGAGAGAGAGAGGAUAGGCGAGGGAGAAGGAUACGGAAAAGAGUACCGCGGGACAGCAGCAGCGUAGGUGUGCUACAGGAGUCGGAUCAUAAGAGGAACAGCCGGCCGUACGUGCAGUGGCGGUUCCAUAGAAUAAAUAGGUAGCUUCUUUGCAUCAUGGCGGGAUUAUUAUGUAUACACAUAUAACAAUAUAAAAAUGUAGUUUAAUAGACAGAUAAAAAGAAGGAUGAAUAGUAGUGUUAUAUGGGUUAGUAUAUUAGAAAAGGUUAUGAUACGUCUAUCAUAAACUUACGAAAGAUAUCAGAGGUGUGUGUCGCCCUUUUAGGUAUGGUUACUUUUCCCAAGAACAUAUGGUCCUCCAACUUCUUUCUUUUUCGUCCUUUUCUUCUUUAAUGAUUUCUCUUUUUUCCCUUUUUA